AUGGAUGAGCAGCUCAUCAAGACCGUGAACAAACUGCAGGACGCGUUUGCGACUGUCGGCGUGCAGAACCCUGUUGACCUGCCGCAAAUCGUCGUUAUUGGAAGUCAGAGCAGUGGCAAGAGCUCUGUGCUCGAGAACAUUGUUGGCCGCGACUUUCUGCCCCGUGGUACUGGCAUUGUGACCCGUCGCCCACUGGUGCUCCAACUUAUCAACCGUCCCGCCAGCGAGAAGCCCAAGGACAAUGCCAAGAAGGAUGACGGCAAGAAAGACGACAGCAAGAGGGAUAGCGAGGAGAACCCUGACGAGUGGGGAGAGUUCCUCCACUUGCCCGGAAAGAAGUUUUACAACUUUGACGAGAUCCGCGAAGAGAUCGUGCACGACACCGAGGUGAAGACGGGCAAGAACCUGGGUAUUUCGCCGCUACCAAUCAACCUGCGUGUGUUCUCGCCACGGGUGCUGACCCUGACGCUGGUUGAUCUCCCUGGACUGACAAAGGUGCCCGUCGGCGACCAGCCGCGCGAUAUUGAGCGCCAGAUCCGGGAGAUGAUCACCAAGUACAUCACCAAACCGAAUGCGAUUAUUCUGGCUGUGACUGCCGCCAACACCGAUCUGGCCAACUCUGAUGGCCUCAAGCUGGCGCGCGAGGUGGACCCCGAUGGCACUCGCACCAUUGGUGUGCUGACCAAGGUCGAUCUGAUGGACAAGGGCACCGAUGUCAUCGACAUUCUGGCUGGCCGGGUCAUCCCGCUGCGCCUUGGCUACGUGCCCGUGCGCGACUUCUUUGAGAGCCACCCGUCGUACCAGAGCAAGGCCCAGUACUGCGGCACGCCCUUCUUGGCGCGCAAGCUCAAUAUGCUUCUGAUGCACCAUAUCAAGAUCACGCUGCCCGAGAUCAAGGCCAAGAUUGCUGCCGCGCUGGCAAAGUACCAAAACGAGCUUGAGCAGCUCGGCGAUCCGCUCAGUGAUGCUGCUGGGCAGGCCGCCAACACAACGCUGAGCAUCAUCACCGAGUUCUGCAAUGACUUCCGUGGUGCGCUCGAGGGCCAGUCAACCGACCUGUCAACGUAUGAGCUCAGCGGUGGUGCGCGCAUUAGCUUUGUGUUCCACGAACUGUACAGCAACGGCGUCAAGGCCAUCGACCCGCUUGAGCAUGUCAAGGACUCUGACAUUCGCACCAUCCUGUACAACUCCUCGGGCGCGUUCGAGGUCAUCGUCAAGCAGCAGAUCAAGCGGCUUGAGGAGCCCAGCCUCAAGUGUGUGUCGAUGACAUACGACGAAUUGGUGCGCAUCGUCAACCAGCUGCUGGCCAAGCCGUCGUUCAAGCGCUUCCCGCAGCUGCGCGAGCAGUUCAACACCGUAGUCCUCACCUUCCUCAAAAACGCAACGCUGCCAACCAACAAGCUGGUGCAGGACCUGGUGGCCAUGGAGCAGUGCUAUGUCAACACCGCCCACCCCGACUUUAUCAGCGGCCAGCGCGCCAUUACUAUCGUCAAUGACCGCAUGCACCCGCCGAAGCCAGCGCAGCAAAACGGGCCUGGCGGGGCUCCCGGCCGCCCCUCGCUGUCAAUCCCCCCUGAGCGGUCGCUGGACGAGGAGAUGAACCUCCCCAAGGACAGCGGCUUCUUUGGCUCGUUCUGGGGCAAGAACAGCAAGAAGCGCCCGACCGUGAUGGACGCGCCGCCAUCGGUGCUCAAGGCCUCGGGCACGCUGUCAGAGCGCGAGCAGCAGGAGACUGAGGUCAUCAAGCUGCUGAUCCAGUCGUACUUCAACAUCGUCAAGCGCACUGCAAUCGACAUGAUUCCCAAGGCGAUCAUGCUCAAGCUCGUCUCCUACGCCAAGGAGGGCCUGCAGCGCGAGCUGCUCAAGGAGCUGUACAAUCCGGAGGCCCUGGCUGACCUGCUUAAGGAGAGCGAGUCGACGGUAGCUCGCCGCAAUGAGUGCAAGAAGAUGAUUGAGGCACUGAAGAGGGCCGACGCCAUUGUUUCUUCGGUCUAAGGGUUGCUGUUGCGCUGUGAACAAUCUGAUACAUGUUUAUCACCACACCAAUGUCAACUAGCAUAUCACAGCACUAGUGGUCAGUGGAUCAGCGGUUGGCCAUAUCCUGCUGUUGCUGUUUUAGAGGGCAGCUAACGAGCAGCACCGGUUCAUGCUGUCCAGAAAAGCUGUUUUCUCAAAUCCAUGAAAUGUAGUGUAGAGUUCUAAAGGUCUGGCAGACGCCAGCUACCAACUAUACCCAUGGCGUGCUUGUCGCCUCUAGCAACAACCUCAAUGUCCUUGGCCGACAUCUUGCCGUUGUCAAGCACCGAUGCCAGCGACUUCCAUGGGUUCCGGCCACCGCC